UUCAAGUUUCAGAUCGCUGCUUCAGAGCAGACCAACACGUUCAGAGCAGAGAGCUGAGCAACUGCAAGGCGCCAUUUGUGUGCCUUUUUGAGACCAGUACUUUCUCCAAUCACAGGCUAAUCUCUAAAAGGAUCUUGUGAAGAAACCUACAAACUAGACUGGCCUUCUGUGCACACCAUGGCCACGGCCCACGCUGCCUCUCGGGCAGCCCUUCUAUCCCCCCCUCCUUGCAAAGCACGUCGCACCUCCCACAACCCUCAUCCCAAUGCUGCCGCCGCCAGGUGUUUCUCAGGCCCAGGGCAAAUAUCUCAGAGCUUCGAUGGCACGCAGAAGCAGUUCUUGGGGGUGAGGUGGGAUUCGUCUUGGGUUUUGAGAAGAAGCGCAAUGCCGCCAGCUUGUAAGAGAGCCGCUGUGAGAGCGAUAGCAGCUCCAGAGCGGGCGGCGGCGACGGUCUCGGCCCCGGCGAAGUCGCUGGGAGACGAGACGCGGCCUGACUUUGCUAUUCUACACCAGGAGGUGGAGGGCAACCCACUCGUGUACCUCGACAAUGCGGCGACGUCACAAAAGCCACGCCAAGUGCUCCAAGCGCUUGAAAACUACUACAAAGGGUACAACUCAAAUGUGCACCGGGGAACGCACAAGCUGAGCGCGAUGGCCACCGACGAGUACGAGAAGGCGCGGAUCAAAGUUGCAAAGUUCGUGAACUCUCCAACCGACCGGCAGAUUAUCUUCACGCGGGGUGCGACGGAGGCGAUCAAUCUGGUGGCGUACAGUUGGGGGCUGAACAACCUGAAGGCGGGGGACGAGAUCGUACUGUCCCAAAUGGAGCACCACAGCAACAUCGUGCCGUGGCAGCUGGUCGCUGAGAGGACGGGCGCACUCAUCCGCUUUGUGGGCCUCACCGAGCACGAGCAACUAGACAUGGAACAGUUUCGGAACGCGCUCAGCAACCGCACCAAGCUGGUGGCGGUCGUGCACGUCUCCAACACGCUCGGUUGCUUAAACCCUGCGGAGGAGAUUGUGCGCCUAUCGCACUCCGUCGGCGCGAAGGUCCUGCUUGAUGCGUGCCAGAGCGUGCCGCACAUGCCGGUGGACGUCCAAGCGUUGGACGCGGACUGGCUCGUGGCGUCCGGACACAAGAUGUGCGGGCCGACCGGCAUCGGCUUCCUCUACGCCAAGUGGGACUUACUUCUAAGCAUGCCGCCGUGGCAAGGCGGGGGCGAGAUGAUUCGUGACGUGUACUUUGACCAUUCGACGUACCAGGAACCGCCGUCGCGGUUUGAGGCGGGGACGCCUGCGAUCGGGGAGGCGAUUGGGCUGGGGGCCGCGUGCGACUACCUGAGCAGUGUUGGAAUGGAGAGAAUACAUCAAUAUGAGGUCGAGGUCGGGCGCUACCUGUAUGAAAAGCUGUCCGACAUCCCGGAGAUUCGGAUCUAUGGCCCGCCCCCCUCCCUGGCUGACCGGGCGUCCCUCUGCGCGUUCACAAUAGAGGGCGUGCACGCAACCGACUUAGCUUCCCACCUGAACGACUUCCGGGGCGUCGCGGUCCGGUCAGGCCACCAUUGCACUCAACCGCUGCACCGAGUGUUGGGCGUCAACGCCACCGCUAGAGCCAGCUUAUAUUUCUACAAUAGGAAAGAAGAGAUUGACGUACUAGUAGACGCCAUAAGGGAAGGAAUCGACUUCUUUACGGCCCCCCUAGAACCGCCCCCCGGGUUUUAGUCGCAGAUGCUGUACACUAGGGGGACGAGAGGAGCGCCGCUCGUUGGCCCUUGUACAUACGCAUGUGAUAUCUGUUGGAACAACUAACUGCAUUUUUGAUUGCAACACGUAUUGAAUAGUGGGAAUGAGCCUCGCUAUCAAGGAUUUACAGCACGAGCGCUUGCUCCGAGGAAGCACGUUGCGGGGGCGCUAUGGGUUCAGUGGAA